AGGGCGCUAAAACAUUUAGGGAAACAUUUAUGAAUGGGAAGGACAACCCCGUUGCUCUAGCAACCAAACCCGGAAGUUGUAGUCUCCAUGGAAACAAGUUAGGCGACGUUAAAACGGAGAAGAGUAGGCUUUAUUUAGUUGAAGCUGUAGCUAGCCCGUCUUAUCACCGUUACACCGAAGAGUCCAAUGUCUCGAAAAGCACUGAAAGUGGUGGUUGAAUUAAAGUUCAGAGCGGUUUCUUGUCCUGGGGUUCAUCUGCCAGCCAAAGAUGAUAUCUACCUCAGCAUGUGCCUCAUGGGCCAGUAUCGUCAGUCUGAAUGUCUGCCUGCCGUCUUCCCUCUGCUGUUUCAUGAGAAGAUGACCUUUGAAAAGAUUUUCAGGCAUGCCGUUGACCCUGGAGACAUCGCUGUAAUGCUUGAGUAUGAGACAGUCAGAAUUGAACUGGUGCAGCUGGCCCCUCCUGCGGAAGACACUCUGGACUGCUUUGAAGAAGAUGUUCGACGGUUCUUAUUCCCAGAGCCCAAACUGGUUCCUUCCUUCUCUGGAAUGGACCGAGAGGUUCUGAUGACCCGAGCACCUUGCUUUCCAGGUAUCGCUCCGAGGUUGGAGUUUUCGACCAAAGCUACCAUCAUUGAGUGUUCAGCUGAUGCUGAGAUCAACGUUCUACCAAGUGUACCCAUGAGGCCAGUGAUAAAGAAGAACACAAAGCUUUCCAGAAGACCCAGGACCUCCUCUCCUCAGAGGAAACAACCUCAAACCCUUGUUAGGAGACAAGGUGGCAGGAUGGACAGAGAAAGACAAAGCACUGCCAGGUCACUGUCACACAUUCCCAGGUCCCAGUCCCUGUCCCCACUGAGAGCUGCAAACACCCAGCGUCUGACCCGACUCAGCCUGGACUCUGCAGCUCCCAUCCCAACCGACAUGGACAUAGCUAGUAACUCCCUGCCUAUGCUGACUUCGUGGCCUGGAGCCAGUCGACCUGACUUGCCCCACAGGUCUGCAGUGUUUACCAGCUCCUCUCCACCUUUGAUCAGGUCUUCAUCCACAGUAAGAUUCUCUCCAACUGGCAGAAGAUCUUUAUCCAAUGGUUUGGUUGGAGGGAUAUCUGAGGUCGACUCCAGCUCUUUAGAAACACACGACCCUCUUGACUACCAUCGUGGUCCUGACCCUUCAGCACUGUGGCGGUCUUACAAAGAACAAGCCAGGCACAGGUCUCUAACCAGUUCUCACAGAGAAUGGGAAGAAGUCCAUGAGCGUGUACGAGGACUCCUCACGACACCAAAAGCUGUAUGGCGACUACUCUACGGGGCCACAGUCUCUGAAGUAGAAAGGGUUUUGGCCAGAAGGUCCAUCUCUCCAGGUCCACCGUAAUGACCUUGCCAGGCUCUGGAAAGGGAAAGAGACCACCGUAUUGCCAAUAAAGUCUUCAGAUAUCAUGACUCUGCUGGUGUGUGUGUGUGUGUGUGUGUGUGUGUGUGUGUGUGUGUGUGUGUGUGUGUGUGUGUGUGUGUGUGUGUGCGCAAAACAGAGACGUGUUUCAUUGGUUUGAUAAAUGUCCACACACACUGUA